UGCGUAAUCGAUUCAGGGUAUUAGACAACAACAGCGCACCCGGCCACACUGCUGUCACGAGCAUUUUCGGGAUCCAUCCAAAUUCCAAGCGGCAGAGUUCGCCCGUCGACAUCAGCAGCCACUAGACCCAGACCACCCAACCACCCCACCACGUAACUAGAAUGGCCGGCUUCCCCGAGUACGCCCACGGCGAGGAGACGGAGAUCAAUGGCUGGAUACGCUUCGGACUGCGGCUGGGCGUCAGCGCAGCCCUGCAUCCGUUCGAGUACUCCAAGACGCUCAUCCAGCUGGGCUACGAGCCCAUCGCUGCGAUGCCCGGCAAGUCGCUGCUGGGCAAGCCGAUCAUGAAGCUGCCGAACAUCUUCCAGUACGCUGGCCACAUACGGCGGGUCGACGGCCUCUACGGCUGCUAUCGCGGUCUGGCCCCCAAACUGGUGGGCUCCAUGGUGGCCAUGGUGGUGAGCGAACGAGUGGCCGACAAACUGGGCCUGGAGCAGCCGGAGGAGAUCAAAGACGACUCCCAGCUCAGCGAGGAGGAGAUGUACGUCCAGUUCAAGUCGAGUCUGAAGCGGGACAUUGUACUGACGGUCAGCGGAAUCGUGGCCUCGCAUCCCUUCCACGUGAUCUCGCUGCGCAUGAUGGCGCAGUUCGUCGGCCGCGAGACCUUGUACACCUCUAUCGUGGGCUCUGUUGCCGAGAUCUGGAAGACUGAGGGCAUCGUGGGCUUCUUCGCCGGCCUGGUGCCAAAGCUGCUGUGCGAUGUGGCCUGCCUCGUGCUGAGCAGCUCCACCAUCUACAUCCUGAACAAAUACGUCAUUAAGGACAAGUUGGGCAGGCAGUACAACGCUGGUUUCACACAGUUCGCUGUUUCCAGCCUGCUGUAUCCGCUGCAGGUGGUCUCCACCUGCGCGGCGGUAAGUGGUUCGCGCCUGAUGGCCGGCCAACCGCCUAUUAUGCCGGCCUACAAGAACUGGGUGGACUGUUGGAACGAUUUGCAGGUUCGCGGUGAGCUCAAGCGCGGAAGCUCUCUUUUCUGGCGGUCCCAAGCCAUCAGCUCCCCGAUUAUACCUACCUCCUUUGCGCCUCUGCCCAAGCUGGCGCGUUAUCAGUAGGCGCCGAGACCACGACUGGACGACCACGAACUGGCCAUGGCCCUGGAGUACACACUUCAACUCCCUAGCUGCGUUUGCCCUGCAUUUCAAUGGUGCUUCGACGACGACGACGAGCUCCAUCCCAAGAUAACUGCAUUUGUUCUUCUGUCUCUACAAACCCAGCCACAAUUCCGUUAAUACAAGUUUACAUCUAAGUGUUGAAGUGUCUGCAUUCCCAUUGUGGUCGCUUGGUCCUGCGCAAGCUUUAAUUUUCUUUCAGCGUCCCACUAGCACUGAAUUCUUUUGCGAUGAGAAGGCUGAGCUAAAGCUUUCCCCAAUCCUGCGCGGUCUGCGGCAUGAUUCUUGUUAAUGUUUACUGCAACAUCUUGAAAAUAAAUCGUUUUGCCCUACAAGUGGAA